AUGUCGAAUUUACGAGAUACUCCUGAAAAACAGCCUCAGAGACAGCAACAGGCUACGGCAGCUGCAGCAGCUGCCUUUCGACAGGUCGACCGUCCUGGUGCCUCGAAUGCUUCUGCUUCGUCUCUAGCCAGUUCGACGAAGAAUGCUUCCAACGUCAAACGUGAACCUACAUUGUCAUCGACUCAACAACCACCAUCGAAUAUUGAGGAGGAUGAAGAGGAAGAGGAGGAAGAAGAAGAGAUUCAAGACGGAACUGCCGGUGCUACUGGUGCUGCCGGUGAUAAGUACAAUUUCAUGUUUGACGAGUCGGAUGAUGCCUCAUCCGGUUCUUUGGAUUUCGAAUCCUGGAUUAAAAGUUUUUGCUCGAUUGUCGGACACGAGUUUUUUGCGGAGGUGUCAGAAGAGUUUAUUGAAGACGAUUUUAACCUUACUGGUCUUGGCCCACUAAUACCUCAUUAUAAAGAGGCUUUGGAAUUGAUUCUGGAUCUCGAGCCUGAAACUCCUCCUAAGCUUCCUACUAUUCCAAUCAUAGAACAAAGUGCUGAACAAUUAUACGGCAUGAUACAUGCUCGAUUCAUUCUAUCUCGUCCAGGUCUUCAGAUUAUGGCCCAAAAAUUCCAUUACCAACAAUUUGGUACUUGUCCAAGAUAUUUCUGUCAUGGCACCGGCUUAUUACCAGUGGGUCGUCACGAUAUGCCCGGCUUUGAAACUGUACGUUUAUACUGUCCAUGUUGUAUGGACAUAUACGUACCGCCAAACUCUCGAUUUUUAAGCAUUGAUGGUGCGUUUUUUGGCACCUCGUUCCCUGGCUUGUUUUUAAAAGCAUAUCCCGAGAUCGAGAAGGAGUGUGCACGACGUAGGAAACAACAGGGUCAGUUUGAACUCACCAUAUACGGAUUUAAAAUUGCAGAAUCCAGUAAAAGUGGUUCCCGCAUGAAGUGGCUGCGACAAGUGCCUGUUAACGACUCUGAACUCGACGAACACGUAUCAGAAAUACAAGACGGUGCUCGCUCUAUUUCCUCAUCCUCCCACAACAAUCCCACUAAUACGAAUGAUAACGAAAGCAUGAUGAGCAUUAGCAUGAACGGCGAGACAUAG